UUUACUUUGCUGAAUAUUCAGUCCGAAUUCGUUAACAGCCGCUAACGGUUUGCUCCGGCUGCUCCGAUCGUUCGCGCAGAUCCCUUUGUAUAUAUAAUUAUUAAAUAUAUACGAUCCUUAAAGGAUAUUACGAUCUAUAAUCAACAUGUCGAAAGUGUCGCAAAGUGCUGACAAUGGCAAUGCCAACAGCAAUGACAUCUACAAUAUCGUCCUGCUGGUGGUGGACAUCGUGCUGCUGAUCGUCAAGUUCUGGAUCGCCAUCUUCGAGGCCAUCGUGGGACUCUUCCGACCGGCGCCCCUCGAGGAGGUCAACGGCAAGGUGGUCCUGAUCACCGGAACUGGCCACGGAAUGGGCAAGCAGAUGGCCCUGCAGUAUGCCAAGUUGGGUGCCACCAUCCUGUGCUGGGAUGUCAACGAGCAGACCAAUAACCAGACCGUCAAGGAGAUCAAGGCGAAUGGAGGCAAGGCCCACGGAUAUGUGUGCAAUGUUACCAAGCGUGAGGAGCUGAUUGAAUUGGCCCAGAAGGUGCGCAAGGAGCACGGUUUCGUCCAUGUGGUGGUCAACAAUGCCGGCAUCAUGCCCUGCCAUCCACUGUUGGAGCACACCGAGUCCGAGAUUCGCCUGAUGUACGACAUCAACGUGCUCUCCCACUACUGGAUCAUCCAGUCCUUCCUGCCCGAUAUGAUUGAGCGCAACGAGGGCAGCAUUGUGGCCUUAUCUUCCUGCGCUGGACUCUUUGGACUGAUCAACCUGGUGCCCUAUUGUGGCACCAAGUUCGCCGUUCGCGGCUACAUGGCCGCCCUCGCCGAGGAGCUGCGUCAGAAGAACCCCAAUAACAAUGUCAAGCUGACCACCAUCUUUCCCUACAUGAUCGACACGGGUCUGUGCAAGAACCCCCGCUACCGGUUCCCCAAGCUGUUCAAGCUGAUCUCCCCCGAGGUGGCCGCCGGUUCGAUUAUCGAGGCCCAGCGACAGGGAUUGGAGGAGGCCGCGAUUCCCCGCCAUUUCGUGACCAUUGAGAAGAUCGGUCGCCUGAUUCCCCGCAAGGCCAUGCGGUUGGUGAAUGACUUUCUCGACACGGGAGUUGAUACCGAUAAGCAGUAGAACCACUCUAGUGCUUUGGAUGUAACACCCUACUCUCCCCCAGUAGGUCAUAGAGCUUUAUUGUUUUUUUUUUUUACUAUUAUCUCCUCUUAAUUGCUGUGUAGAGAAGUGCAACUAAUUGCUAUAUCAAAAGUGAAUUUAGCAAGCUCAAUUUAGCUGUUAGAAAGGUUGUUACUUAAUUAAAGGCUAACGUUGUCUGGCUAAUUGUGUUGGUCGUAAUAAAGGUCUCCAAAGAGUACUCCAUAAAGUUA